AACGGUUGCCACAUAUGCGGUAGAGUAGAGUUAAGAGUUCCGUCACCUGAUCUACCCGGACAUCACAGCUGGGAUUGGCUCGGCGAGUAUCGAGGAAACCAUUGAUAUGAAGAUCAGGGCUGUUUAAAAAUAAAAGGAAAUCAAUCCUAUUGGUGGGCCUGAUAUGGCAGAAAAGGUAAACAUACGUGAAACAACCUAAACAGUCGGACACAGUUGGAUUUAUUGCUUUGGACGGACUCGGAAAUGGCCAGCGUCGUCGACCAUACACAGACUUCUUCGGGGACCACGUCCAACCUGAUCAACGCCCAAGUCGACCCUUCGCCGACGAUCGACUACUCUAGCAUCAGGUCCAAGGCCAGCCUAGUCAGCCCGACCUCUGAACAAUUUGACUUACUCCAGAGGAAGCUGAAAGAGAGAGUUGAUAAUGGAAGAGGAGAGACAAUUUUUGAAGUUGGUAUAGGAGAAGAUGGUGGCGAAACAGGUUUAAACCCAGAUGAGUAUGACGCAUCAGUUGCCACCUUGCAAUCGUUGGCAGCGACACUUGAUGCCGAUUGUGUCCUCCUCAGGAACAAGAAGGGUGAGCAGGGGAUGACAGGACAAUACUUAGUACGACGGAGGGUUGUAGAGCAAGAUUUUCUUGAGAUAAGAGUUGCCGUGGUCGGCAAUGUCGAUGCUGGAAAAUCUACACUAUUGGGAGUUUUGACGCAUGGCGAGUUGGACAAUGGAAGGGGACACGCAAGGCAGAAAUUGUUUAGACACAAGCAUGAAAUGGAAUCAGGGAGGACAAGUUCUGUUGGAAAUGAUAUCCUUGGAUUUGACAGCAUGGGCAAUGUGGUUAAUAAGCCAGAUCAUGGCUCUUUGGAUUGGGUCAAAAUAUGUCAGAGAUCUUCAAAAGUCAUAACUUUCAUUGAUCUUGCUGGACAUGAGCGUUACCUAAAAACAACUGUAUUUGGGAUGACCGGACACGCUCCAGAUUUUGGAAUGCUAAUGGUCGGUGCUAAUGCAGGUAUUAUCGGGAUGACUAAAGAACAUCUACGCCUCGCACUUGCCCUUUCGGUACCUGUUUUUGUAGUGGUGACGAAAAUUGACAUGUGCCCGCCCAUGAUCCUCCAGGAUACCCUGUGGUUACUGUCAAGGGCGCUGAAGUCAUCAGGGUGCCGUAAGGUUCCCCUCAUGGUCCGUUCUAAAGACGAAGUUGUCAUCUCUGCUACAAACUUUGUUUCUGAGAGAUUAUGCCCUAUAUUUCAAGUUUCAAACGUCAACGGAGAAAACCUUGACCUCCUGAGAAUGUUUUUAAACUUGCUAACAACAAGAAUGACAUGCCAGGAGAACGAACCUGCUGAAUUUCAGAUAGAUGACACUUACUCAGUUCCAGGUGUUGGGACUGUAGUGUCGGGUACAACGUUAAAAGGAGUUAUCAAAUUAAAUGACACCCUUAUGCUUGGGCCUGACCCUCUUGGACAUUUUAUACCCAUUGCCGUAAAAAGUAUUCACAGGAAGAGGAUGGCAGUUAAGCAAGUGAGCGCCUCUCAGACUGCAUCCUUCGCCCUUAAAAAGAUAAAAAGAUCUCAAAUUAGAAAAGGCAUGGUCAUGGUAUCUCCUGCACUAAAUCCAACCGCUUGUUGGGAAUUUGAUGCUGAAAUACUGGUGUUACAUCAUCCUACUACAAUUAGUUCGCGUUACCAAGCAAUGGUUCAUUGCGGAAGUAUAAGGCAGACGGCGUCUAUUCUCUCUAUGUCCAAGGAAUGUCUGAGGACGGGUGACAAGGCUGUCGUACACUUUAGAUUUAUAAAACAUCCCGAGUACCUGAAAGCCGGUCAAAGGAUGGUGUUUCGAGAGGGUACAACAAAGGCGGUUGGUGAUGUCGUACGAGUCAUACCCCAAACAGGAUCUACAGUGCAACCUAUUCGGGGUCACAUAAAGCCUAACAAAAUGCUUCAGCAGUCUCUGCACAAUCAGGUCAGAGGAGCCAAGGAAGGCAGAGAUUCGGAAAACUCCGAAAAACGCGAGAACACACCUACCAGUUGUAGCAGUGGCGGAGGGGGCCAUGGUCUCACAAAUGGAUCUAGGAAAGGAAGGGGCAGGCGAAGAGGUAGAGGGCGGUCCGGGGGUAAUAACCCGCUGGUGGAACAGAAUCAAUAGUACAACCCCCAUCGUUUGCAAGCAUAAAAACGUAUUGAACAUAAAAAAGGUA